GCCCGCCCCGAGGAGCCAGCUCCGCGCUGGGGCUCUCGAAUCCGGUUAAUAAGUGGUUACUAAGCGAGUGGUUUCCUGGACGCCAGCGGCGUCAUUACAGAUCCAGGGUCUCAUUGUUGGAGGAGAAUGUAAAUCAGAAAUACGUACAAUGCACUAGAAGCUACAUAAUGGAAUCCAUUACCUUCACUGCAGGAUGCAUGUAAAAUACUAUCAGUGGAUUUCGGCUUUACCCAGUUUUUGUGCAGUAAACGAAGACUGUAUGAAAAUCAAAGGCAUUUCGUAACUGAAUUAAUUAAAGAAAAUGGCUUCUGCAGAUAAUCUUCGUGAGAAGAUUAAAAGUAAACGAAAGGCACUACAAGCGUCUCUUAGUGGAAGCAGACAAGUUAAUGAUAAUCGGGCACUGGUUGCUGCAGAAAUUGAAAAUGGCACAAGAAACGAAAAUGCCAGGAUAGUGCAGGAAAUUGAAAAUGAGGAUGAACAAGCAGAGAACCUGAAACGGACUAUGAAAGCCCAAAGACGAAGAAGGAAGAAAAUGCUUGUUGAUGACAUUGACGAUUUACACUCUGAAGAAUCUACGCAAGAAGUGAGCGUAAUUACUCCUCAACAAAGAACUCUGCCGCCACUUCCUGUAUCCAAUACAGGAACAAGUUUCGCUGAAUUCUCCAUGCGAGAGAAAUUGAGGGAGAAACUUAAAGCAGCUAGGUCGAAAGCACAGAGUGCCAUCCAACAAGAGGAAGCAAGUGUACCCUCUCGACAUCUAAUACGUUUCAAAGACCAAAAGUCAGUUACAGAAUUUGACACUGAGGUGGAUGAAGAGGACGCAAAGACAGCAGGAGUUGAUGAGUUACCCCAUCCUCCUUCAAAAGUGAGGUUUCGUGACAUAGCAAACAAAGUAAAGCAGAAAUCGAAGGAUGGGUUUCCUUCUGCUGAAGAGGCAUAUAACUUCUUCACCUUCAAUUUUGACCCUGAACCUGAAGAGGCAGAGGAAAAGUCAAAAAAGCAGAAACAACUUGGAGCACUGAAAAGUAUUGGCCGUGAAGAUGAACUGGAGGAUAAUGAGGAUGGGGAGGAGUCAGCUGUCAGAACGGAAGUGGAGGAAGAAGAAGAGGGAGAGGAAGAGGAUCAACCACUUGUAAAAGAUAACAUGGAUGAUGAGGAUGACUAUCUCUUCAUAAUUGAUCAGACAGCUGGUGAUUUCCUUGUAAUAAAGGCUCCUGACUAUGAAAGCUACUAUAGUCAACAACAGAAAGAUAAACAGGUCCUUUUUACGCCCAGUGUUCUUACAGUGCCCACAUCAGAGAAGAUUCCUGAAGACAUGCAGCUACGAUUUCUUGAAGAUGAAGGCAUUUAUGUUGGUGAAAGACCAAAAGUUUCCAGAUCUAACCAGAACAUCCUUGAGAAUCGUCUACUUAAAAACAAAAAGGGCAAGAAAUGGUUUGGAAGUGACGGUAGAAUUAUAGCCUUACCUAAUCCUAUUAAACAGACCUACACCAGACCGCCAAUUUUCUCACUCCAUGAAAAAGUGGAUCCUGCAAUAGAAACAUUCUAUAAAAAGGCUGAGAAGCCCAUGGAAAAUAAUCGAUACAUUGCUGGCUCAAUGGAACUCCAGGGACAUUUUCAGCUGGACAUCGAUAUUGCAGGCAUAGUAUUCACACACCACCCCAUGUUUAGCCGUGAGCAUGUGUUGGCAGCCAAAUUAGCCCAGCUGUAUGACCAGUACCUAUUUCGCCACCAGAAAAAUCUUGCCGGCCUUUACUCUGACAAGUUGUGUGCUCUAAGGAAUGCAGUGAAGAGCAUUACUGAUUAUCAGAAUGUGCACAUCUCAGCGACACAGCGAAGACUUGUGGAAUAUAAAUCUGAGAUCAGAACAACCCGGCGAUUGUAUCACAUGGAACAGGAGAAAGAUUGGACCCUGCUGAAGAACCUUACCAAAGUAUGGAAAGAUAUCAAGUCACUCAGAGAGUUCCAGAAAUUUACGAAUACACCUGUAAAAAUGCAUCUUAGAAGGCAAGAGAUUAAUCGGAAAGCUGAUGAAAUAAGUUAUGAGCGUGAAAUCCAAACUGAGAUCGCAGAACUUUUGGAAGACUACCAAGAAGAAUAUGAAAAUAAGCUAGCGGAAUAUAAAAAGAAGUAUGAAGAAUGGAAGGCCUGGAGAAAGGCAAAGAAAGCAAGGAAGAAAAAGAAGAAAAGUUCUGAUGAUCAGGAGACUGAUGAAACAGAAGAGAGUUCAAUAUUUGAGGAAUUUCCAAAGCCUGAUCCUCCAGAGCAAGUGGAUGUUUCACUUAUAGAGCAGCAAGUUCGAGAAACAGCAGCCAGAAUUCGUCGUAAACCAGGAGAACCUGUUCUGACUCCUGAACUGAGUAUGACAGCUCCUGUCACACCUACCGACCAGUGUCCAAGAGGAGAACAGCUGCGAAGGCAGGAUGUGCAGAGGUCUUCCCUGUAUGCCAAAAUUAUUUUUAACAACAAAGAGGUUUCCAGGACCAGCAGCCAAACAUUGUCUGCUGACUUCAGAAUCCAUUUUGGACAAAUCUUCAAUGUGCAAAUAAUCAACUGGCCAGAAAGCAUAAAGAUCCAGAUAUUUGAAACCAUGGGAAUGAGCAGCAUAAAGACAGAAGUCUUUGUUCCCAUCCCAGAAACCACCAUCCUCACAGGGAGUGCCCCGAUUGAUGAAAUAGAGUUUAGCAAUGCUCAUCGUGUAAUGUUUGACCAUGAGGGAGUUGGCAGUGGUGUGCCAUUUUCCUUUGAAGCAGAUGGAAGUAAUCAGAUGAUCCUGUUGACCUCUGGCAAGUUGGCUUGUAGUAUCUCCUGGGCUGUUGGCGAGGAUGGUAUGCCAUUGGUACCUCCAGUGCUUCACGAAAACGUUGGGGUUCAAAGAUCUUUAAAACACAUAGAUGCCAUAUCAUCUAUUGGAACAUCUGGAUUAACAGAUAUGAAAAAGUUGGCUAAGUGGGCAGCAGAGUCCAGACUUGAUCCAAAUGACCCCAGCAAUACAGCUCUGAUGCAAUUAAUAAUGAGUGCCACAAGUGGUGAGGCUCUUGACAAUGAUUACUUCAGGCUUGAGCAACUGCAAGUAGAAUUUAACUUUGUUUCAGAUCAAGUGUUUAAUAAAUCCAAGAGAUUCCGACUCCUACAGCUUCGAAGUGAAGAGGUGGCAGAGUUCCAUAAUUUUAAACAAGUUCCAAUUCUAGAUCGUGAGAUUUCUGAGAAGAUUUUCCAGGAAUAUGAGAAGAAACGCCAUGAAAAAGAUACAGUUGAUAUCACAAGCCAUCUCGAUCCACACAGAGCACUAGUAGUUAGUUUCCUGCAGAAGGUACGGGACUCUGUGAAAAGUAGAUUUCUACAGGGAAAGCAUCAUUAUGUCUUGUCAGAUAUGGUUGUUGAGGAAGCAGUACCCAGUAUAAGUUCUGGUGAAUCACGUAUGCUAGGCAUAAGCCUGUUCAAACUGGCCGAACGAAGGAGACCACUUAGACCAAGAAGAAAAGACAGAAAAAAAGUUACAGCCCAGAACCUUUCUGAUGGAGACAUCAAACUUCUGGUCAACGUUAUCCGAGCUUAUGAUGUACCUAUUCGUAAAUCCAUUGGAGGCAAGCCACCACUAACAUCCAGAUCAGCUCGAUCCAUUAGUGAAACAUUUGCAACAUCUCAGAUCCCUCAGAGCCCUACUCAAAGCCAUGAGUGGUUUACGAACCAGACCUCAGUGCGUCCUUUUGUGGAGGUUUCCUUCCAACGUACAGUCUGUCAAACCAGCACCGCAGAAGGUCCAAACCCUAACUGGAAUGAAGAAUUGAAAAUUCCAUUCAGAGCACCAAGUGGCGAUUACAGCACAGCAAGCCUGCAGUCCGUUACUGAUGAUGUGUUCAUCAACGUCUUCGAUGAAGUUGUUUAUGAUGUUCUCGAGGAUGAUAGAGAAAGAGGGAGUGAUGUUCAUACCCGUGUUGAGCGACACUGGCUAGGGGGUGUCCAGGUCCCAUUCACUACCAUCUAUUCCCAAUCCAGGAUUGAUGGUACCUUCAGAAUUAACACGCCACCAGUUCUCCUGGGCUACAGCAAAGAGCGCAACCUAUCAAGUGAAAGGGGUUGGGAUGCAGUUCGAAGCUUAAGUGAAGGCUCUUAUUUGUCCCUUUUUAUUACUGUUGAACCUCGUCUUGUACCUGGAGAAGCCAUAAAUGAAAAGAUGAUUGAGAUGCUGAAAAAGCUUGAGACUCAGGAGGAUGAGAAACUACUUCAAAAAGCAGAAAAGUUCCAGAAAGAAGUAAAACAGAAAUUCCCAAAUCGUCGAUGUAUCACUUUGGUCACAGAUCUCACUGGCAAACUGGUUUUCAUUACAAGGUUCAUUAAAGCUCUUUCCCCACCUCAGGAGCUUCUUGAUGCCUUCCCUCAUGACUAUGAGGCGACAAUGGAGCUAGUGGCUCGUUAUGUUUCGCUGAUCCCCUUCCUUCCAGACAGUAUUUCUUUUGCUGGAAUUUGUGACUUAUGGUGCACUUCAGAUCAAUUCCUGAACUUGUUAGCAGGUGAUGAAGAGGAACAUGCAGUUCUACUCUGUAACUAUUUCCUAGCAAUGGGGAAGAAAGCCUGGCUGGUGGUAGGAACUGCCAUCCCUGAGGGCCCAACAGCAUACGUACUGACGUACGAACAGAGCCAGUAUGUGAUCUGGAACUCCACCACAGGACAGUACUAUGGACAGUUUGAUGCGUUCUGUCCAUUGCAGAGUGUCAGCUGCUUGGUUAAUGCUGAUAAUGUUUGGUUCAAUAUACAGAAAUAUGAAACUGUCAUGCGCAUACAUUUUGACACCAGCAAAUCCAACUUCUGGAAGCCAUUUUUUUCACGAAGCUUUCCUUUUCCCGGCUUAUCAAGUGUGCAGCCAGAAGAGCUAGUUUAUCGCCGUACUGACAAGGCUGCUGCAGUAGAACUUCAGGACAAGAUUGAAAAGAUCUUGAAAGAGAAGAUUAUGGAAUGGAGACCAAGAUAUCCAACUCGAUGGAACAGAUACUGUACCUCUACCCUUCGUCAGUUCCUGCCUAAACUGGAGCUCAGCCGUGGUGGGGAGGUCGGAGAUGACCAUUGCGCAGAACUGCAGAAUCUACUUGGAGACUACAGGAUUUCGGGGUUUCCUAUUAAUAUGGCUUUCUCUGAAUUGAGUCCCAUUAUUGAAGCUGUACAUAGCACUGGCGUCCAUAACACAGUGAUUCCUCAGGUGGAGUUCGCUUUGGCUGUGUAUGUUCAUCCGUAUCCUAACAACAUUCUGUCUGUUUGGAUUUAUGUGGCAUCUUUGGUGCGCAGCAGAUAGCAAAAACAAAUUUGUAUUCCUUGCCAUUCUUGAUUUCCGCAGAAAAACAAUCAUUGUUGAUAUCCUGUGAACUUGACAGGAUGUUGUGUCUCUUUUGCACUAAAUAUCAAAUACAUCAGUAGUUUAAUUUGUUUUCAGCAUAACACAGAUUAAAGUUAAUGCCAAAUGAAAAUAAUCUAAGACCAACUUUUUUUAAGCUUUGAUUUUUGAAAAAUCCUAUCAAUAUCUUUUAUUAAAAAGAACAAUGUGUGACAUUGUGGUAGCAGGUGAUGCCUGAAACAAGUUAACUUAAGUUCCUUUCAAAGUUAUUGGCUUCUUUUAUUCUCCAAAAGAGAAAUAUGCCUCAAUUACAAGAAUGGUUCCUCAUAACAGUAGUAAAAUAACAAAGUAACACAGUGAGAUACAACAAUAUACAUACAUUAGGCUCAAAGUUAUCACAUAAAACUAAUAUACACAGACCUAUUACAAUACUUAAGUUAUAAAGUAAACUUUUUUCAAACGUAGCUGCUUCUUUUACAAAACGCUUUUUACUUCAACCUACUUACAUAUUUGUUUGCUUGAAUUUAUUUUAGCCUGGGCCAUAAAAGAAGCUUUAAAAUAAAUACCCAUGAUUCUACUUUUGACCUGGGCCAUAUAGCUACUCUUGCUCACAGCAAGUUUUACAUCUAUCUGUAAUUAAGCAAUAUAAUUUAAUUCCUCAUUUGCUUAGCUAGGCCAUAAUAAUAAAAAAUAAGUUAAUCCUACAGUGUUUUAUGCUAUUUCAUUCUAUUCACAUUGUGUUAUUUGAGUGAAAACCAUGUGGAAACUCUAAGGUCCAUGUUUAAUCAAUUUAUUUAUCCCAGUAAAUACUGUUUUAAUAUAUUAGGUGUGAUUGUAGUUUUUAAGGCAAGAUUUUUCACUCAAGAACAAUAAUUGAAAAAUGAUUUUAUUUGUAUGCUGAGAACCACAGAAGUGGCAUUUUACAUUUGCGAUAAUAUUUUACAAUUGUAUUAACAUAUUUGUUAUUCAAAUAACUUUUAAGAAUGAUGGAAUUGGUGACAGUCCGUUCUUCCAGGGAUUGUCUAAGACAUAUGGGAUUCAACUGUUGCCUAAAAAUGAGUUUAAUUUUACAAGUAUUUAUUUACAUUGAAUUGCAACAAAGAAUAUAUAACAUUUUUAAUAGUGGAAAACACCAGCAGAGAUUGUGAUAUGAAUUACAGCUCAUAAACACAUAUUCAGUCCGUGUUAUUAUUCUGUAUGAGUAGUGGCCAUACAUGUGUCUAGUCUGUUCCUUGCUUAAAAAAAACAAAAGUUGAAACUUUUUGUCAACCACUCAUCAGAACUAGAAUGGAAGAAACAGACAUGGAAAAUUGUCAAGCCAUUUUAUACACAUUAUAUAUUUUAUAUAAUUCUCAAUCUCUUUCAUUCAGGCCUUUUUCUUGGAUCCUAGAUCUGAUGAGUGCAUGGUGAAAAGCUUCAAUGCUUAGUCUUCUUUUAGGAAUGUUUAAAUUCUGUGUUGCUAAGCAUUUACCUACAGUAUUCCCAUAUCAGUUUUUGUCUCUUCCUUUCAAUCUAACCAAUUCUUAAAUAUUGAAAUUGACUCUGCUUUAGUCAUUAACUCUGGUAAUACAGUUCAUAGGCUUACGCCAUUUAUAUAUAAAUCAAAACCAACUGCUAUUGGCCCCUAAAUAACUUGCAUUAUAUUUAGUUGGCUUUGUUCUACUUGUGCUAAAUCUCUAGAACUAGUGUUUCUAUAUAUCUAUUACCAUCUCUAAUUUUAAAUGCCUCUAUCAAAUCAUCCCAAUAACUCUUGUUGAAUGAAAAAUCUUAAAUUUGUUUUAAGUCUUAUGUUUCUACAAAGCAUCUAAUUUGCGUUGUAUGCGUCCCAUGUUGUGCAACCAAAUAUGGCACACACUGCUCCAGCAAGAUAAAUCGGUAAAAUUUUGUCUGUAGUCAAUUUACAUUUUACAUCUCUUGUAUAAAAGACGGUAUGCCAUUUUUGUAAGCCCUAAUCCAUUUGUGAUUCUAUUCUGAGGGUUUGUGAAUGUUUUAUAUCACGGACUUUAUUUUGUACAUU